AGGGAGGAAGACUUACUUGCUCAAAGUCGUUUGCCACAUCCGUUAGUGCAGCAGCAGCAGCAGCAGCAACUUAAAGAAACUUAAAAAUGGCCUUUGCUGGAAUUCUGAAGAAUGAGGAUGUUGCUGCCGCCAUCAGCGAAUGCUCUGCUCCUGACAGCUUCAACUCCAAGAAAUUCUUUGCCAAGGUCGGCCUGAGCUCAAAAUCCAGUGAUGAUGUUAAGAAGGCCUUCUUUGUUAUCGAUCAGGACAAGAGCGGCUUCAUUGAGGAGGAUGAGUUGAAGCUGUUCCUGCAGAACUUCUCUGCUGGUGCCAGAGCUCUGACUGAUGCUGAGACCAAGGCCUUCCUUUCAGCUGGUGACAGUGAUGGUGAUGGCAAAAUCGGAGUUGAAGAGUUUGCUGCAAUGGUGAAGGCCUAAGCACUUGUGGACCUUUUUAGCUCUUUACUUUUAUUUAUUUAUUUUUCAUAAAUGUAUUUAUGACCAUUCAGCACUCUGUAUGUAUUGUCAUGGACAUAUAUAACAAUGUAAAAAGCCUAAUUUGUGCAAAUUCAAAUGCCUUUUGCAUUUCUAAC